GAUCAUUGUAAAGUUGCCGUGCGAGGCUCUCGGCAGCGGGAGUAGUCCAGGAGGUAUUCACUUGACAGCUUGCCAUUGUAAACUCUGACGGGAGGGAGACGUCAGUGCGCAGGAAAGGCAGCCUUUGGUUAUCCUGAUGAAAACAGCCCAGGGUCAUGGAUCCAAAUAAUUGGGGAUUAGUGAUGUUUCCAGCCCAUCACCAAUAGACAUCAUCCUGAAAAGCAAGUUGGUGAAGAUGUGGCCUUGGAACAACUGCUGCAGAUGCUAUGGCCACAGAUCUAUAAUGCCUCAGCCCUGACUCUUGUUCUUCCAAGAUGGAGGGGAAGAUUAUAGGAGAACCCAUUUCUGCAAUGUCAAAAUCCAAAGUUUCCACUAAGAUGGAGAACACAGGACAGUGGUUGGUUGAGGAUCAUGCACAAAUAUGGGAUGUUUUAAAGACUGAGGAGAGCUCGAUUCAGGACUGGGGUGAAGAGGUAGAGGAAGGAGCUGUUUACCAUGUCACCCUCAAAAGAGUCCAAAUCCAACAGGCUGCCAAUAAAGGAGCGCGAUGGCUAGGGGUUGAAGGGGACCAACUACCUCCUGGACAUACGGUCAGCCAGUAUGAGACAUGUAAAAUCAGGACCAUAAAAGCCGGUACCUUGGAGAAACUAGUGGAGAACUUGUUGACAGCUUUUGGAGACAAUGACUUUACCUAUAUCAGCAUCUUCCUGUCGACUUAUAGGGGUUUUGCCUCCACUAAAGAAGUACUGGAGCUGCUCCUGGACAGGUAUGGCAACCUGAAAAACCCAAACUGUGAAGAAGAUAGAAGCCAAAAUUCAUCAGAAUGCAAGACAGUGCUCAGGAAUGCCAUAGCCUCCAUUUUGAGAGCCUGGCUGGACCAGUGUGCUGAAGACUUCCGUGAACCGCCUCAUUACACUUGCUUGCAGAAACUGCUGGACUACCUUAAACGUACUAUGCCAGGCUCUGAUCCUGAAAGAAGAGCACAGAACCUUCUGGAGCAGUUUCAGAAACAGAAAGUGGAAACUGACAAUGGGUUUCACAAUACUCUCACCUUCAAUCUGGAAGAAGAGGAGCCAGAGGACAGUGGAUCAAGUGAAUUCACUUUAUUCCCAGAAGAUCUCGUGGCAGAGCAGCUGACCUACAUGGAUGCAGAACUGUUCAAGAAAGUAGUACCACAUCACUGCCUGGGCUGUAUUUGGUCUCAAAGGGAUAAGAAGGAAAACAAACAUUUGGCUCCCACCAUCCGAGCCACCAUCUCUCAGUUUAAUACCCUCACCAAAUGCGUCGUCAGCACCAUCUUGGGAGGCAAAGAACUCAAAACUCAGCAGCGGGCCAAAAUCAUCGAGAAGUGGAUUAACAUUGCCCACGAAUGUAGGAUCCUGAAGAAUUUUUCCUCUUUGAGAGCCAUCGUUUCAGCCCUGCAGUCUAAUUCAAUUUAUCGGUUAAAAAAGACUUGGGCUGCCGUCCCAAAGGACAGAAUGUUGAUGUUUGAAGAACUUUCAGAUAUCUUUUCAGACCAUAAUAAUCAUUUGACCAGCCGGGAAUUGCUCAUGAAGGAAGGCACCUCAAAAUUUGCAAAUUUGGAUAGUAAUGUGAAAGAAAACCAGAAGAGGACCCAAAGACGGCUUCAGCUGCAGAAGGAUAUGGGAGUCAUGCAGGGAACUGUGCCCUACCUCGGUACCUUCUUGACUGACCUGACCAUGCUGGACACUGCUCUUCAGGACUACAUUGAGGGUGGACUGAUCAACUUUGAGAAGAGGAGAAGAGAGUUUGAAGUCAUUGCUCAGAUCAAGCUACUUCAGUCAGCCUGUAACAGCUACUGUAUGACCUCAGACCAAAAGUUCAUCCAGUGGUUCCAGAGACAACGACUCUUAACAGAGGAAGAAAGCUAUGCCCUCUCUUGUGAGAUUGAAGCUGCUGUGGACACCAGUGCCACCUCACCAAAGCCUAGGAAGAGUAUGGUGAAGAGACUUAGCCUCCUGUUUUUGGGCUCAGAUGUGAUCAACAGCAGCACACCCACCAAAGAGCAGCCUAAAUCAACUCCCAGUGGGAGCUCUGGGGAGAGCAUGGACUCCGUCAGCGUGUCAUCAUGCGAGUCAAACCACUCAGAAGCUGAGGAGGGUUGUAUCACACCUGUGGACACGCCAGAUGAGCCUCAGAAAAAGCUCUCUGAAUCCUCCUCGUCUUGCUCCUCUAUCCAUUCUAUGGACACAACUUCCUCAGGGGUGUCGUCUUUCAUCAACCCUCUUUCCUCCCCGCCGGUCAUCAACAACAACCCGAAAAACCACAAACGCUCCAUCUCUGUCACAUCCAUUACCUCGACCGUGCUGUCUCCAGUUUACAAUCAACAGAAUGAAGACACUUGCAUAAUUCGGAUCAGUAUAGAAGACAACAAUGGGAACAUGUACAAAAGCAUCAUGUUGACAAGCCAGGAUAAAACUCCAGCUGUUAUCCAGAGAGCCAUGCUGAAACACAACCUGGACUCGGACCCGGCAGAGAAUUAUGAGCUUGUCCAGGUCAUCUCAGAGGACAAAGAAUUAGUCAUUCCAGAUACCGCAAAUGUCUUUUAUGCUAUGAAUAGCCAGGUGAACUUUGACUUCAUCCUACGGAAAAAAAAUACUGUGGAUGACCAAGUGAAACUGCGUAGUCGAACCAGCUUAACCCUGCCCCGGACAGCAAAGAGAGGCUGCUGGAGCAAUAGACAGAGCAAAAUCACCCUCUGAAAGGGGCUCGGGAGUGACUUACAGUUUGCCAAAGCAGGGAAUGGGACCGAGAAGGUUGGCAAAAGUAUCUCAGCUACCAUCCAGUAUUAGGGAGACUUCAUCUAUUUUUUUUUUUUUUUGGUGAGGCAAUUGGGGUUAAGUGACUUGCCCAGAGUCACACAGCUAGUAAGUGUUAAGUGGCUGAGGCCGGAUUUGAACUCAGGUCCUCCUGAAUCCAGGGCCGGUGCUCUAUCCACUGCGCCACCUAGCUGCCCCCAGCCUUCAUCUAUUAAACCAAUAUUUAUUGAUCAUCUGCUAUGUGUAUGGCACUGUGCAAGACACCUUGGGGAAUACCAAGAUCAGUUAGUGAUGAAUGGGAUGAACUACUACUGCGGUGUUCCUCUUUGACCAACUACCCACAUAUAGAAAUAUAUAUGCGUAUUUGUGUAUGUGUGUAUAUAUACAUAAACAUAUUUUAUAUAUAUAUAAAUGUAUAUAUAUAUAUAUAUAUAUAUAUAUAUAUAAAAAGAACUCUAUGGGAUAUUCUGGACUAUGGGAAAAAAUUUGCACAUUGGCCUAGGAUAAUAUGGUCGUUUUUCACAGGGAAAAAAAAGAAGGAACUGAGAAGCAUACACAGCCUUACACCUUCCGAUUAAGCGGAAUCAAAUCCUAGGAAUAUGAGUUUUCCUUUGUGCCAGUGUUACUUAUGACAUGAACUUCAAAUUUUAUUUUUCUAAGAGGAGAAAAACCUCUCAAAAUCAAGUGCCACCACAAACAAACAAAUGCGGGACGAGAAGAGCCGCCACCAGCUGCAUGAAAGACCAAUUUGGAAAGGGUCUGGAUAAGCCGGUGUCCCACAGCGUUUGCCUGCACAGGUCACAUUCUGUUGGCCUGGGCUGGGGAAUAGGGAAGGGCCUUAGGUUUUCCCCCAGCAAAAAAAAACAAAAAACAAACAAAAAAAAAACCACAAUAAAUAACAAUGAAUAAAUAAAGCCAGAAGCUCAAUUGGAAAGAGUGCUAGAUUUUGGAGUUUGGAGGACCUGGGUCUCAAUC